AAGGUCUGUACGAUUCUCUCUCAUUCAUUGAUAUGGAAAGGGUUUAAAGCUCUUCUUUUAAAACCCUGAGUAGGGUUUUCAACCUUUCUUUUCGGAUUUAGACAGAUUACAAAUCUCCCAACAGAGAACCGAUAAUGAAAGCCAAAUAAAAGCUUUCUUCUAAUCAUAUUCUUCUUUCUUGAGGAAAACCAUCUUCUGUUUUGGUCAAAGGAGAUUAAAAUUGCAUAUCGUUGUCUUCCCUUUUAUGGGAAAAUCACUUUCUUCCACAGCAAGUUUACUGGAAUUCUCGAGGAUUACAUCAGAUAAACUUCAAAAUCCGAAGCAAGAAAAGCCCAUAUCGAAAAAACUUUAUUCUCACCGGAAAUAGCUAAAUCGGGCGGCGAAGGCGAAUCGAAGCAAUCGAAGUUUGUAGAUGGAGAACACUGAAGCACAGACUCGUGUGCCGCUGAAGGAAGUGAUCUCUGAUUGCGUGAAACGGUGGUUUGAAGAUGCGCUCAAGGAAGCCAAGGCAGGGGAUACUGGUAUGCAGGUCUUGGUCGGUCAAAUGUAUUACAGUGGUUAUGGAGUUGACAGAGAUGUCCAGAGGGGAAGAGCUUGGAUUUCAAGAGCCUCAAAAAGUCGAUCUUCGGUUUGGAAGGUCAGCGAUAAACACCCAGGCUAUAAUGCAAGCGAUUCAGAUUCAGAGGAUGAUGUGAAGGGUGAUACCACCAAAUAAGAUCGUUUUUCUGUUGUUUGAGAAUGUAUAACAAGAAAAGGUCAUGACUUUUAGCUUGCAUCUACUGCUUCUACAAGGUGUCUGGACAAGAUCUUUAGUUUGCUUUAUCAUUUUACAAUUGUAUUUUCCCCACCAGUUAUUUCGUAUUCAAAGUGUAUGUGUAUACUUUUUUAGGGCGUUUUGUGUGUGCUGAUUUUUCGGGGUGGGGGGGGGGGUUGUCUUGAAGGAACUUGUAAUGAAAAUGUUGACUUAGAAUUACCAUCAUAAUUUUUAACCAUUUCAUUUUUUUGGUA